AUUCGUAUAACUCAUUUUUUGGCCUACUGUACGUAGAUUCGUCUGCUCAAAAACCUUUUGAUUAUAGCGACCAAGUUACUCGCGCUGUUCGCUUGACGACUGGUGUUGUUCCCGCAAGUAGCACAGCCUAUUUGCUUGUGCGCAAGUGCGGUCGUCUGCCUCAUGGUCGGGACAGUUUCUGGCCACAGACUUGCUGAAAGCACUAGCUUACAUGUGGGACGUCCUGGACGGCCGUUCGCUUACAGCAGAGGCUCUCGCACGAGCCGCUAUUGUCGUCGCUGUCGAAGUGCUGCUUCUGGGUACUUCGUUCCUCAAUAUCUGUGUGAUUCUCACCACUGCCGAUUUGUACGAUGUUAUCGGAUGCUAUCUGAUAUCACUGUCUGUCGCGGAUCUACUGGCAGCAUUGUUCAUUGUUCCGCUCAGCUUGUAUAGUACGUUGGACCCCACUUGGCGAUUUAUGGGUGACAAUUCCCUUGUGUGCAAGGGUAGUGCGUAUCUACAAAUAGCUCUAUUUUGUUCCACUGUCUACACAUUUGCAUGGAUUUGCAUUGACAGAUAUUCGGCCAUGAUGAAGCCUUCGCGAUAUGCAGACCAGUCUCUUACACGAUGUAAGUGCUGGAUUAUAUUCAGUUGGUUGACAUCCCUCCUACUAUGCUGUCCAAUAGUAGUGGCGCAGAUGCAAGUUGUCUUUCUUGAAGAGGCUCAGUUGUGCGUGUUGGAUUGGUCCGCGACUUCUGCAUACAGUAUGACACUUAUUGUUCUCGUAUUUCUGCCAACUAUCGCAACAGUUUUCAACACUGGAUACAAAAUUAUUAGAGCGAUGCGGAACCCAGAACAGCUCGAGGAUAGCCAGCGUAUGGUGAUCGAAACUGAUCCCAAUUUCGUGCUCACAAUGUUUUUGCUGGUUGCUUUCGUUCUCUCAUGGCUGCCUUUACUUUGUCUCAAGGUGUUCGAGUACUUUGUUCCUCCACAGAGCGAUGCCGAUCUUUCGCUGGCCACUUUCAUCUUUGUGUGGUUGGCUAUCGCAGGACCGUCGGCUAAAUUCCUUAUAUAUAUGUUCAUAAAUGGAGCUUUUCGUAGCAGUUUUUUAUCUUGGAGACCAUGUAUUACGCGUCUCCUGAUCGAAAGUGACGAGGAAGCUGCUCUCACCGCGGACGAAAUCACUCAAGAGGAUACGCAAAUUGAAGAAGACGAAAAGAUUGAAGAUGAGGAAUCCACCGACGAAUUGGAUACCAAUGAUUCAUGUCAGAUACUAUCACUACACAUGAUGGAUGGUAUUUCGAUGAUGGUCGCGGUAUUGAUCAUGCCAUAUUAG